UCUUUAGUGCGACAGUAGAUUUUUUUUACGGCAGCAUCCUGCGUUUUAAUUGGCCGUACAUCGGCCGACCGCGCGGCAGAGGUCGCGGCGACCCAGUUUAUUUUCAUACUUAUUGAUUUCGCCGGUCGGGAACUUCACAUCAUCGACCCCGUCUCUCCCGUCGAGAAAUCGUUGUUGUCGGGGGCCCGGUGUCCCAGUGUGGUGUGUGCGUGUGCAAAUCGUCGUCGAUAAACGGUCGGACAAUGGCGGGACAAACGAUAAACGACCGGCUGCUGGCGGCCAAGCACAGCCUCGCGGGCCAGGGACUGGCCAAGUCCGUCUGCAAGGCGACCACGGAGGAGAUGCUCGGCCCCAAGAAGAAGCACUUGGACUAUCUGGUGCACUGCACCAACGAGCCGAACGUUUCGAUACCGCAAAUGGCCAAUUUACUGAUCGAAAGGUCGCAGAGCACCAGUUGGGUGGUCGUGUUUAAGGCCCUGAUCACGACGCACCAUGUCAUGUGUUACGGGAACGAAAGGUUCACGCAGUAUCUGGCUUCUAGUAACGUAUCAUUUAAUUUAUCCAAUUUCGUCGACAAGACGGGGGUACAGAGUGCUGUGGGGGCCAGGACCGGAUAUGACAUGUCCCCAUUUAUCAGACGGUAUGCCAAAUACUUGAACGAAAAGGCUUUGUCGUAUAGAGGAGUAGCUUUUGAUUUUUGCAAAGUUAAACGUGGCAAAGAGGAAGGCACUCUCCGCACAAUGAACGUGGACAACCUUUUAAAAUCUCUGCCAAUUUUACAAAGCCAAUUGGAUGCCCUUCUGGAAUUCGAUUGCACGGCGAACGACCUCACCAACGGCGUGAUAAACAUGUGCUUCAUGCUGCUCUUCCGCGAUCUAAUUAGAUUAUUCGCUUGCUACAACGACGGCAUCAUUAACUUGUUAGAAAAGUACUUCGAAAUCAACAAGAAACAGUGCCGAGAGGCUUUGGAUCUCUACAAAAAAUUCCUCAUCCGCAUGGACCGCGUAGGUGAAUUCCUGAAGGUCGCAGAAAAUAUAGGCAUCGACAAAGGAGACAUACCAGAUCUAACCAGAGCCCCCAACAGCCUCCUGGACGCCCUCGAACAACACUUGGCUUCCUUGGAGGGCAACACCCCAACCGCCACCACAAACCAAAAGAACCUGAAAAGCGGAGUAAACGCUCUAUCCAACACCAGCAAUGCCUUCGGCUCCGCCUUCGAAACGGCUGCGGUGGCGGAAGAGGAGGCAGCCAUCAAUAAGUACAAGGCGAACGUGGGUUCCCCACCGGCCAGCACGAAUCCGUUCCUAAGCGAAGAGCCGGCUGCCCCCAAAAACGAUCAGAUCCUAGACCUGUUCGGAAGCGACCCCGUCACAACAGCCCCACAACCUCCUUCGAGUCAACCCAAGAGCGCUCUGGAUGAUUUGCUAGGACUGGGCAAUCCGUUCGCCGAUUUUUCAGCUCCGCAAGCAAACGGAAACGUGUUCGCCGCCCCGGCUACCACAGCACCCGCCCAACCCGCCAACACUAUGUGGUCUAACGGAUUUCCGACCAAUUUCCAAGCCCCGGCUCCAACCCAAACCUUCCCCUCGGCCGGACUGUUCAACACCAACGAACCGUCGGUGUUCGAUCCGUUGGUGGGCGACGUGCAGCCGCAGCAGGUGCCGCAGCAGCCCCAGUUCAUGCCGCAGGCGACGGCUCCCGCGCCCCAACGUCCGCCGCAACCCUCGAAAAUCCUGACCGGCGAUCUGGAGUCCAGUCUCAAUUCGCUGGUGGAGAACUUGACCAUGGACUCGGGACGCGGGAACCAGUGGAACUCGCCUAAGAACCAGCCGAAGCCUGCUCAGGGUGGAUGGCAGCCGCAACCGAUGGCGGCCACGACGGGCGCCAGUUACAGGCCGAUGGGCCAGCAGAUGAUGAUGGAUCCGGGCAUGAUGGGCCAACCGAUGAUGCAGUAUCCGAUGGGCGCAGUGCAACAGCCAAUUUCGGGCAGUCCUAAGCAACAGCCAGCACAUCAGGAAGUCACUUUCGAUCCGUUCGGAAAUCUGUAGUAGCGGUACGGGGAGGCCAAGUAGUGAUCUUUUUAAGUUUUGUAAUAUAUAUGAUGUAGGUUACUGUUAAUGCAGAUGUCCAGAUAUUGUUCAACACGUCGCUUAAUGCUUUGAGUAUAUUAUUUUUCGUUUUUGACGGCAUGUAAUUGUUGUUUUGGAUGGAAUUAUGCGGGAUUUUUACAUUGAAACAUGCAGGCUCAAUGAGAAUUAACUAAAAUUGGAUUUCCAUGUGAAAGUGUUCACUUUUUUAAUAUUAAAUUUAAUGUAUCACAAAAUAAGUUACCAGUUAUGUAAGACGUAAUAGUUUUUUAUCUAUUUGAUACUUUCACAUGGAAAAAAAUCAGGUUUAACCUGUAUAUCCUAGCUUAGAUUACAGCAAAACUAAAUAAAAUUCCCUAUAGAAAAUAAUUAUUACUCAUAUUGUUUUAAAAAAUUAGCGUUUCACAAUUGUGAUAGUGUACAUUCCACAUUUAUUAAUUUAUUAUUUUUUAUGUAAUAUACUGAAUAUGUUAUUUUUCUACUUAGAGCUAGUCCUACAUACUGUGCAUAUUAUAUUUUUUAUAGAUACCCUCAAUGCUCUUUUUUGUCAUUGUUCCUAUUUAUUAUUGAAUUUACAGAGUGAUACAAUUAUACACCUUUACAAUACCUAUUUGAACUCUUAUAAGACUAAUUAAUAUAUUAUACAUGUUUAACAAUUUUUUUCAAAUAUUCUAGUCUAGUCAAGUGUGAUUAUCGACCUCUCUGUGGUCGCCUGCCUAAAAAUGACAUUUUACUUAAUUGUUUUACUCUGUAAGAAUACAAAUUAUACCACUAUAAUUUAUUUAUUUUUAAUUAAUCAAAUUAUACACUAUAAAAACUAUUAAAACAAAUUGUUAUUAGAUAUUUUGUAAAUACUCGAAUAUAAUUUUUGUUAGUAUUAAAGACACUACGUUUUUUUUUGAUCUUUGUCCUCACGAUUAUGUUAAAAAUGCUGCUUUAAUUAUGUUUGUACUUAAUGUAAAUACAUUCAGAAUAAUUUUGAUGCAUUCUAACAUCUUCCAAAUUCUAUCCCUUCACUGAAAGCACACUACUGUUGCGUAUAAGUUAUAUCAGGAGCCUUGGUGUCGAUGGACACAAAAGUAUUUUUACCAAAAACAAGGUAUGAUCUUACCAAAAAUAUAUCAGUAGAUGGAUGAUAGUUUAGCUAAUCGAGUAUAUAAAAUAAUUAUAGCAAACACUAAUGUAAUCAAUAUGUGACAAUAUAAGGAAAUAAAAAUAUUGAUGAAUAAAGUAUGCUUAUGUGUUA